CACGGUUGCAUGAAAGCGUCGAAAUUAUGGGGAGGCGCCCCGAAGUCAAUAUACAACACAAGUACCGCAGAUUCCACCGGUCAUAGCGCCAUCAUGGCCUCGAAAAUGGCCAAUAUCAAUGCGCUUGCCACGGAAGCUCUGAAGCCUGGGUUCACCGACGACCUUUUCGUGCAGUAUGAGGGCUUAUUUACAGAAGUCUGUGCAAGAUGGAUCCAGUCUUCGGUUCAUACCGAGAACAUAAUCGCCGCUUUCGGACGAAUUAUGCCUUUUGCGCCCCAUCUCUCAGAGCACGUGGAGCGCUUCGCUGUACAUGUAUCACAGUCACCAUACUUCGGUCCGCUGGAUACCCCAAGGAAUACAGAUUCUUUCAACUGUCACGUCGCAGAAGUCCUGCUUGGCGCCUUUCGACUGCUCAGCUUUGACUGCCGGACCUUUGCACAGUAUGUGCGGCCAGUUGCUGUCCAGCACCUCUUCCAGCAUCAAGAUCGUGUCGUUCGGUACCUAGCCGUCCGCUUGUUUUGUUUGUACAUUCACGCAGCGGACCAUGCAACGCAGGAUAUGGUCAAGAGACACGUUGGAGAUGCCGAUGUGGAGGCAUCAUGGGAAGGGCAACAGAUCGAUUAUCGAUUUCUUUCGCUUUGGGAAGAGAAGAGAUGGAAAAGUAUGCAGUCGAGGCUGCAGCAAAGAUCGGAAUCGAUAAGCUCCUCGAUGUCACAUCUGUACUCGGAUCUUUCACCUUACACAGUCAACAUCACCGGCAUACUGCUCCCGCGAUUGGACGGCGCAGCCUCUCAGGAACGGCCUACAGAGCUCAUCUCGACGCCCACUACUGAGGCCAACCUGAACAGGAUAGCCCAUGGGCUGCUAGGAUCGAGUCCACUACUUCUCACUGGACUGGCAGGAUCUGGAAAGACGCUGCUGACUCGGCAUUUCGCGUGGAAGCUCAACAAGCUGGACAAGAUGGUCACACUGUAUCUGAAUGAGCAGAGUGAUGCAAAGUUGCUUAUUGGCAUGUACGCUACAGGAUCCAAGCCGGGAACUUUCGCCUGGAAGUCUGGUGUGCUCACAACAGCUGUUCGUGAAGGACGAUGGAUCUUCAUCGAGGACUUGGACCGAGCCCCGAAUGAGGUCAUCAGUACCCUUCUACCACUCAUCGAGCGCGGUGAGCUUUUGAUUCCUAGCCGUGGAGAGACUGUACGCGCCGCAAGGGGCUUUCGCAUCAUCGCCACAAUGCGGAGUACGCUCAAUCCGAGAGGACAAGAGAUCAUCCCUCGUCAGAACAUGAUUGGACAUCGGUUCUGGAAUUCGAUUGUAGUGCAGAUGCCGCAGCUCGAAGAGUUCCAGCAGGUCAUAUCCGCGAAGUACCCAGCCCUGCAGAAGCACCUUGCGGGCAUCACGCGAGUAUAUGCACGGCUGCUUGAGCUUUACUCCGAUGCGAAGUUCUCGUCCGAGAACGGCACCUCCCUGCGAGCAAUGACACCACGCGAUCUGUUAAAGUGGUGUGACAGGAUAGCUGUGCUUUUGUCUGAGACGUCCUCCUUCAGCACUGCUCAGAAGGAUGACAUAUUCAUAGAAGCCUUUGACUGUUUUGCUGGUAGCUUGCGCAGUGACUCGGCGCGGCUGAGAGUGAUGGCUUGCGUAGCGGAGGAGCUUCACAUCGACCCGCAGAGACGCGACCAUCUCCUUCGGGAUCGUUCAGUCAAGCUUUCCAUACCGACCAAGAGCACAGCAGCAGGUAUCAUUCAUGUCGGGCGAGCCAGACUUUCCAAGCACAGAUCCUCGAAGCGCUUGAUGUCUAGCCGACCCUUCUCAACAAACGACUAUACGCUACGAUUACUGGAAAAGGUCGCUGUGGCAGUCGAUCGUCAAGAGCCCCUUCUUUUGGUUGGUGAGACAGGCACUGGUAAGACCACUACUAUCCAGUAUCUAGCUGAGCAGCUUGGUCGUAAGCUGAUAGCUUUCAACUUGUCACAACAGAGUGAAAGCGGCGAUCUUCUGGGAGGCUACAAGCCUGUCAAUGUCCGCAGUCUGGUCAUUCCGCUCAAGGACGAGUUUGAUGAUCUGUUUGACACUACGUUUUCAAGGAAGAAGAACUUGCGCUUCAUUGAAAUGCUAGGCAAGCGUGUCGCAAAGGGCGAGUGGAAACGGGUUUGCACGCUGUGGCGAGAAGCCUUAAAGAUGGUCGAUGCAGCACGGAAAGCACAUGAGUCGCAGCCGUCUUAUCCUGACGCAGACGAUGACCAGCCCAGGAAGAAGCGCAAGAUGGAUUCGCUACCCCCGAGCCUCCCAGCAGCACGUUGGGAAAAGUUUGCGACAGAUCUGCACGAUCUGGAAGCCCAGCUGGCAAGUGGCUCCGAAGCCUUUGCGUUCUCCUUCUUAGAAGGCAACAUCGUCAAAGCAGUCAGGAAUGGCGACUGGGUGUUACUCGAUGAGAUCAAUUUGGCUUCAUCGGACACGCUGGAAGCGCUUACUGAUCUGCUGGGUGGGGGCCCUGACGGCAACCCAUCGAUUUUGCUCACUGAGACCGGCAAUGUGGAGCGAAUAAUUGCUCAUCCCAACUUCAGGGUCUUCGCAGCCAUGAAUCCUGCGACUGAUGUUGGAAAGAAGGACCUCCCUCCUGGCAUUCGCUCGAGGUUUACUGAACUCUACGUUGAGAGCCCGGACAGCGAUGAGAAGAGCUUGCGCAACAUUGCAGAGAAGUAUCUUGGUGGCGAUGGUACCGAUCCAGCUAUCGUCAGGGUCGCGCGCGAUGUCACCAGCCUCUAUCUUGCGAUCCAACAGCUUGCAAAGGCAAACAUGUUGGUAGAUGGUGCCGACCAAAAGCCUCACUUCAGCCUGCGUACUCUUACUAGAACUCUCACCUAUGCGCGGGAGAUAGCACCCCUGUGUAGCGUUCGACGAGCUCUCUACGAAGGUUUCCACAUGAGUUUCUUGACCUUCCUGAACAAAGCGUCCGAAGACCUAGUCGCAGCGUUGAUCACCAAGCACAUGUUUCCACAGAAGGCGUCGCUGAAGGCUGAGCUGAACAAGCCACUGCAGCAGCCCAACGAUGGCCGAGCAUAUGUCAGACACGGCCACUACCUCUUACGACAGGGCCCUCAGCCUGUGGAAGAGAAGAAAGAGUACAUCAUCACUCCUUUCGUUCAGCGAAAUAUGAACAAUCUCAUUCGAGCAGCGUCGACACGGCGUUACCCCGUCUUGAUUCAAGGUCCCACUUCGUCUGGUAAGACAAGUAUGAUCGAGUAUCUAGCGAAAAGGUCCGGAAACACAUUCGUUCGAAUCAACAACCACGAGCACACAGACUUGCAGGAGUAUCUUGGCUCAUACGUUUCCGGUGCUGAUGGCAAGCUCACAUUCCAGGAGGGUAUACUGGUGCGAGCGUUACGAGAAGGCCACUGGAUCGUUCUCGACGAGCUUAAUUUGGCGCCCACCGAUGUGCUUGAAGCACUCAAUCGACUGCUCGACGACAAUCGCGAACUUCUCAUUCCCGAAACCCAAGAGGUCGUUCGACCCCACGAUGACUUCAUGCUCUUCGCCACCCAAAACCCCGCUGGCCUCUACGGAGGACGAAAGGUCCUGUCUCGAGCGUUUCGCAACCGUUUCCUUGAGCUUCACUUCGACGAUAUCCCGGUCGAAGAGCUGACGGAGAUCUUGCAUCGGCGCGUCCAAAUUCCCGAGACAUGGUGCAAGAAGAUCGUUGCUGUGUAUAGGGAACUCUCCACAUUAAGGCAAGAGAACCGCAUUUUCGAGCAGAAGAGCUUUGCGACACUGAGAGACCUUUUCCGAUGGGCGCAGCGCAAGGCUGAGACCAUACACGAUCUCGCGGCGAACGGCUACAUGCUUCUUGCCGAGCGUGUACGUAAAGAGGAAGAGCGCGUUGCUGUGAAGAAGAUCAUGGAAAAGGUUCUAAGUGCGAAUGGCCCUAGAGUGAUCAUCGAUGACAAGCAGAUGUUCAGUCAGGGCAAUGUCAAGCAAAUCGUCGACAGUGCCCCUGCUGGUUCCAAGGAGAUCGACACCGGUGUUGUCUGGACACGUGCGAUGAGGAGACUCUUUGUACUUGUUCGGCAUGCAAUGAUCAACAGCGAGCCAGUAUUGCUCAUCGGUGAAACAGGGUGUGGGAAGACGACAGUAUGCCAAAUGCUGGCAGAUGCGUUCGGCAAAGAGCUUCACAUCCUUAAUGCGCAUCAGAACACUGAGACUGGCGACUUGAUCGGUGCACAGCGACCUAUACGCAACAGGGCUGCAAUCGAAGAGGCCCUGAGGCGGGACAUACUCGAUGCUUUCGAAGGCGUGCCUUCACAAGUCAACCCCCACACUCUGGAGAUGGACCCACUCCUCCACUUGUACGACCAGCUCCAGAAAGAACCGACAACCACGAUCAGGCAAGACCUUCGCCUCUCGAUUGAGACAAAUCGCUUCAAGGCUGGAGCACUUUUCGAAUGGGCGGAUGGCAGCCUCGUCAACGCCAUGAAGACUGGGCAGUACUUCUUGCUUGACGAGAUUUCUCUUGCUGACGACUCUGUUCUCGAGCGCUUAAACAGUGUCCUUGAGCCUUCACGCACCCUCCUGCUCGCGGAGAAGGGUCCUGAUGACUCAGAGGUCGUAGCGGGUGCGGAAUUCCAGUUCCUAGCUACGAUGAACCCUGGUGGUGACUACGGCAAGAAGGAACUUUCGCCUGCGCUUCGCAACCGUUUCACAGAGAUUUGGGUCCCAGCUUUGUCCGAUCUUGAGGACAUCCUACAGAUCGUCAGAUCGAAGCUCAACUCGAACGCCACACCAUAUGCAGACGCCAUCGUCAAGUUCUCGCAGUGGUUCAACGACAAGUACAACACCUCCGCUGCAUCGUCGGUCUCUAUUCGAGAUACGCUUGCCUGGGUCACUUUCAUCAACAGUACGAGUCGUGAUGACCCCGUCUUUGGUAUUGUGCAUGGAGCUGCUAUGGUGUUCAUUGAUACACUUGGUGCCAAUCCGGCAGGCUUGCUCGCCAUUUCUGCUGCCUCGAUCGACCAUGAACGCAGAGCUUGCCUACAACAACUCGGUGAGCUCCUGGGAAAGGAUGUUUCGCCACUGUACUACAGUGAUGUCGAUAUCAUCAGCACAGAGCAGUCAUUCCAACUGGGCACAUUCUCUAUUCCCAAGUUCUCUUCUGCUGCAGCCGAGUCGAACAACUUCGCUCUUGAAGCGCCCACAACACGCGGCAAUGCCAUGCGAGUCAUCCGUGCUUUGCAGCUGGCCAAGCCAAUAUUGCUAGAGGGCAAUCCGGGUGUAGGCAAGACGACUCUUGUUACAGCCCUCGCCAGAGCUAUAGGAAAGCCCUUGACCAGACUCAACCUUUCGGAGCAGACAGAUCUCAUGGAUCUGUUCGGUUCUGAUGUUCCUGUUGAAGGUGGCGCCGCUGGCACAUUCGCUUGGCGCGAUGCACCGUUUCUCAAGGCUAUGAAGAACGGCGAUUGGGUGUUGCUUGAUGAGAUGAACUUGGCCUCACAGUCCGUCCUUGAAGGACUCAACGCUGUUCUAGAUCAUCGCGGCGAAGUCUACAUCUCUGAGCUCGACCAGACCUUCCAUAAACACAAGGGCUUCCGUGUCUUUGCUGCGCAGAACCCUCAUCAUCAGGGCGGUGGACGAAAGGGUCUACCAGCGUCCUUUGUCAACCGCUUCACUAUCGUGUAUGCAGACGUUUUCCGCCCAGAGGACCUGACUUUGAUUUGCCGGAAGGUGUUUCCUGCCAUUCAAGAGGAAGAGAUCAACAGGCUCAUUGGUUUCGUGGCACAUCUGGAUGAGCAAGUAGUCACUCAUCGUGCAUUCGGCAACCUCGGCGCGCCAUGGGAGUUCAACUUGCGCGACACGCUUCGCUGGCUUCAACUCUUGGCGUCCUCGGAGUAUCCUGGCUCGGCUAGGGACUUCCUCGAUACCAUCUUUGUGCAGCGCUUCCGUGCAGAGAGCGAUCGUGUGCGGUUGCUCAAGUUGUUUGAGAGCCUCUACGGGGCCCAUGAACCGCGUAUGAGUCUCUACCACAACAUCAGCACCAAGUCUAUUCAAGUAGGCCUUGGUCUGUUGGCUCGUGACACUGCUCUUGCGCAUCAAAACACUACAUCUGUCUUGAGGGUCCCACAGCUGGGGUCCAUGGAAGCAUUGCUCGUUAGUGUCAAGCAGAACUGGCCGAUCAUCUUGGUCGGCCCACCUGGUUCUGGCAAGACUGCGAUGAUCAACCAGCUCGCCUCAUUUGUGGGCGCCGAGCUUGUCACAUUCUCGAUAAAUGCUGACGUCGAUGCAAUGGAUCUUGUCGGCGGCUACGAACAGAUCGACCCUUCGCGUCAAGUGCACCAAUGCCUGGAGCAGCUUGAGGCUUUUGUUCGCCGUACGAUCGUGACCUCUGAGCGACCUUCAGAUUCCCUCAUCAAGUUACUCGAACGACUCCAUAUCGGGGGAUUUCAUUCCACUGACAGCUUUUUCAAGCUGCUCCAAGAAGUCUCGCUGCACGAUGCUGAAGCCGCGGCUCUUGUCAAAGCCUUGCACACUGUCCUCCGGUCAUCCAACCAGCACAUCGAUGGCGCGCGUUUCCAAUGGGUAGACGGCAUUCUCAUCCGUGCCCUCGAACAAGGCAAAUGGCUCGUACUCGACAACGCGAAUCUUUGCUCCAGCGCUGUUCUUGAUCGAUUGAACUCAUUGCUCGAACCCAACGGCUACCUGUCCAUCAACGAGCACUCGACAGCUGAUGGUGAAGCACGACUCGUACGGCCACACCCGGACUUCAGGAUUUUUAUGACCAUGGACCCCAGGUUUGGAGAGCUAUCGAGGGCUAUGCGCAACAGAGCUGUUGAGAUCUGUCUGUUGGAAUCGGAACAGGAGUCAGAACGUGGAGUUUCGAGCCUACUCGAGUACCCGCUUGAGUCGGCUGUCUACCGCUUCCGCCAGCUCCAGACUGACGAGGAUGGUGUUAAGCAGACACUGCAAGCACAAUUUGAGAAUCUUUCAGUCAUCGACAAUAACUUGAUGGAGAGCUUUGCAAAGCAAGCGCGCCUUGGCUUGUGUAUGUCCAGCAAGUCCGAGCAGACAAAUGGCCACCCACCCUCGGCUACAGUGCAGCUGCCCACAAUGCCCCAAUCACAUCGCACCUUUGAAGACAAUUUAUCUCGCUUCACUCAUUUCAUCAGCGAGACAUGGGCAGUGCAGAUGCAGGCUCAGCUCACUACUGAUGGCAUAAUCGAGUUACUACCGUUUCAUCCUCUUGGUAAUGAGCUGAGUCUGAAUCGCUCGACUGCCACCAAGGCGAAUGCGUUCCAAAGCUCACAGAUGUAUGAGCUGAUGCUCGAUUUGUUCGACAUGCAGCAGGCGAUCCACAGUCUGCCAUCCGCCAAGUUUGAGCGUCGCAAGGAGAGGCAGAAGCUGCCUGCGUUCCUGCAUGCCUAUUGGCAGGCUCUGAUCAAGCUUGUUGAAGGUGUACGGACCAUUAACAACACCGGCCAAUACAUGGAUCUCGCUUUCCUCGAGCCCCUGCGGACAAUGUUUUGGGCUUUCUUUGCGCUGGCGAAGGGCUCGGCGUUCGACCGCGCGACAUUUCAGACAUACCUCAAGAUGCUCAGUUCUAGUACACCGGUGAUCUCCAACGACACCCACGGAAUGGUGCAGACGCUGGUUGUCGCGCUUUCGAAACAGGUCGCUGCAUUUGGAACGGAUGUUCAGCUCUCUUCCGGCUUUUGUAUGGAGCCUCUGUGGCGCCAUCUGAAGCCAGAUACACCAAGAUCCAUUGAGGAGCUAGAAGCGAUACUGAAGCUCGAGGCUCUGGCUGAUAGGUUGGACGCGGUUAUGUGGAAGUCGAACCUAAAAGCGAAUGAGAUGGUGCAGAUCAGAGAGCGCUUUGCAAGCUCUUUGCAGCUUGUUCGUAGAGAAGAUGUCAACCCUGACGAACUGAUCACGAUUCUAGACAACGCUGUGCGAGAACUCGAGGAAGGCAUUGGCGAGGAUGACGCUACUAUCACACCCUACUUCGAGGAAGAGUUCGAAGGUCUCUGCCAGUUCCUUGACAUCGCUGUCAGGCAAGACGGCGUUCAACACGUGCCUGACAACGCAACGCUGGCCCUACUUUCUGCCAGAUCAAAGGCUGCUCUUUUUGCUCGCCGCCCAACAAAGUUGAGUGCUCUCAGUGUUGGAAAGGCUCACAGCCCUACCGACAUCUUUGCGAAGGUGUACCGUCAUAUCGGUCUUGUCAAAGAGGCUGCAGAUUCACUUGCUCUGCAGGGCCGUUUCCAUAUGUCGAUGUUUGCCAAGCUGUACAGUGCGGAUGAAGUCCAGCUUACGCAGCUCGCCCGCUUCGAAACUGAGCUACAAGUACUGUCUCAGCAGAUUGCUCUGGAUGCCGAGCAGAUCACCAAGGAUCAGGAUGAGGCGCUUGACACACUAUAUCUCGAUCUGUGGCAAGCCAUCGAUACCAGUAUCCCGAGAGUUCUCCACACUAAGAUCAGAGCGACUUCCAAGGCGACAGGCCGGGAGUGGAUCGAGCUUGCCCUUUUGGGACUGCACGCCUAUGUCCCGAAUUACCCACACGACCCAGCGUUGCGACCCAUGUUCGAACGCAGAAUCUUCAAUGAGAAGAAGACGGAUCUUAUGUCCGCUCUUGGCGCUCUCAGACAGUUUCAGACAGAUUUCACUGGCCAAGAUAGCAGUCUUCGCAUCCGACAAGUCGAAGCUGCAAUUCAGAGCAUGGGUGAGGAGCCACCAGUGCCGGCCAUUGCUCGCCCUGAAGUCUCACAGUUGGACGAGUUGCAGGGCGAGUUCACGAACCUGCUUAGCAUCGUACAGCCAUUACUCAGCAAUUCUAUGUCAGCUGAAGAAGCAGCUCUUGACGUCACGCUUCACCAGAACGUAGUCCGAGUCAUCCGGAGGCUCACUGAGGGCUACCGAGCCUACGACGACAUCACGGCUACAGUUGUUGGCCUGCUUGCAUGCCUCUACAUCGGCCUGCAGCUCGUUAAGAAAGAGUACGAAGCUCAGGAGAAGACCAGGGUCGGGAAGAGUUUGCAACACAUUUCUCGCGAGACUCCUUUCCUAGGUCUUGGUGAUGUCAAGUCUGCGAUCACGACUGCAGAUUUUCUGCACGGCGCAGAACAGGCGCUGUCAGCGAACAACACAACUAUAGAUCCACGCUGGCACACUCUUUACCUGCUGUCAAUCGUCAAAAGCGUCGAUACUGUUUCGUUGUCUCAGCCAGCUGCGCGUGGACUGUUGCAUGGUAUCUUUACAUCCUUCUUCACAGAGUACAAGACCAAGCUCCUUCAAGACCAGGAAAAGGAGGCGCAGGACAGGAGCUUGUACUCGUACCGCGGUAUGGAGGAGGAGGAGAACGAUGAGGAAGAUCGGACGCUAUUCCCUGACUACGAGGCCGAAGCGGCGGCGCCUACCGCACAGUCUGCAGCUCAGGCUACGUCAAGAGACCAUGCAAUUCGUCUGGCUAACAUACACACCGAGUUAUUCCUCGAGGGGCGUGAAGCAUCAGAUUCCGUCAAGACUCUGCUGGAAUGGUGCACAUCAGAGAUGAAUCGCGUUGCGGAAGGCAGGAGUCACAGCACCAAACACGAGAACGCUCUGCCUGCCUUGUACCUCACACUUGAGAGAAAGAUCGAUGCGCUGAACGGCUCGGGGACCGGACCAAACUACAACUUCUACUUCGAUGCGAACCUGCCUGAAGCUAAGCGUCUGAUUACAUUCGUACACCGCAUCCAGGUGCGUUACCGCCAAAUUCGCAGCGUCUGGCCUGAGCACAUGACGCUCGCAGACGUGCUGCGGACGUGCGACGAAGCGCUUGCUUUCCGCCACGUUGACCCAGUAGCCAAAUUCAUCACCAAGGCUGAGAAGCUGCACGCCUACAUGUACGAAUGGCAGAGAGUUGCCAGCAAGCAAUACAGCACUGCCGAUCUGUUCGAUGACCUGACAAAGCUGCUAAUCAGCUGGAGACAGCUCGAGCUCACCACUUGGGCUAGAUUAUUCGAUCUGGAAGUCGAGAAGUGCCGUGACAGCGCAAAGAGCUGGUUCUUCGUUGCAUACGAGACCAUCAUCGCGGCGUCCGAGAGCGUCGAAGAUGAGCAGGCUAUGAGGAAACAUGCGAAGGGGCUGCUGAAGAGUCUCGAAGGUUUCUUUGAAAGUACGACGCUGGGCCAGUUCGAACAGCGUAUCAAUCUCCUCCAGCAGCUUCGUCAACAUGCAGCUAUGCGCCUGCAGGAUGUUGAGCGUUUCAAUAUUCUGCAUUCCGCGCUUGAGAACUUCAUCGCGUACUUCUCACGCUUAGAGAAGCCGGUGCAUGAGGCGCUCGCCAAGGGACGGCAGACUCUGGAGAAGGAAGUCAACAACGUCAUCAAGCUUGCGAGCUGGAAAGACACAAACAUCGAGGCUCUCAAGCAGAGUGCAAAAACGAGCCAUCGCAAGCUGAGCAAGCUUGUGAGGAAGUUCAGGGCAGUGCUUAACAAGCCCGUGUCUAUCGUUAUGAGCGCCGGCUUCGCCGACGACGGUUCCACUCAGAGAGAGGCUUCAUUGGCACUUGUCAGCGCAGCAGUCAACCCGGAAGCGCUUGCGUGCUGCGACGAGCACGUACCAGGAUGGAACGAGCGACCAACACGAUUCAAGAACCUGUCCGUUACUGUCAACUUGAUGCGCAAUCUGUCCCUGCCCAGCAACGACAUCAUCGAUGGAGCGAUCUACAUCGAGGAGCUUAUCACCAGUGUUACCACGUCGAUCAUCGAACUGCAGAAAGCCACGCCCUCGACUCUGACUGAAGACAACAAAUCAGAGGUUCAACAGCUCAAGACCCAGAAGCGCAAACUUUACGCUGAUACGAUGAAAGAGUUGCGCCAGAUGGGCGUCAAGUCAAACCUUAGCGUCGAUACUCUCAUUAAGCAAGACGAGCUUUCGACGGUUCUGUCAAGUUUGCCAGUGGUGCAUGGCGUUGGCGUUCGGUGCGGUCGCGUUGCUGAGGGUCACUUGCAUCAAGCGCUGAAUCUUAUGCCGCAAGUGCGCGCAGUACCCAAAGAACACUCUGGCGACUUGACAAGUAACGAUGUCGCCAAAAGUGUUGGCUAUAUCGAGGGCCUGCUGUACAUCUCGAUCAAGCAGAGGGGAUUUUUGAGCCGCGCAAGUCAAGCUCUCGAGGCCAGCAAGACGCCGCUGACAUUUGUUUCUCAUCUUUGGCAGCCGGGCGAAGGUCAUCUUGUUAUUACCACACCGCAACAGAUUGAGGCAUCUCGGUCUUUGCAGCCAAAACUAAGGUGGCUCGUGGCUGCGCUGAAGACUGGCACGGAUGUCGUUGCUGCGCAAGCGAAGCUUGGAAAGACGAAUGAGGUUGACGCUCUGUUGCGGGCUAUGCGAGAGUGGACAGUCCAGUUGCAAGACCUGGCUGAUGCAUACGAUAAAAUGCCCACUCUGUCGCACAACAUGCAAUCGAACGCGCAAGUGGCCCUCGACCAGUCUGUGAAGGAAGCGAUUACGGACCUUCAAGUCGCAUUUGCGUGCUGGAAUGACAACAACGAGAUUGCUCGAACGGUCCUCAAGCAUGUUGUGCCAUUCAUCUUCCAGUGCCCUGAGGCCGCUGCUCAACUAUCGUCGAAUGAUAUCCAGCUUACGGUUGAACAACAUUCUAAGGACAUCUUAAGUGCUCUCGACUCGAUCCUGGGGUCCAUGCAAGAUGUUGAGGCUGCGCUCAAGGAGCUUCCUACAUCAUCCGAUGACGCUGCAUGGCUGGUUAAAGAGGAACAAGUGCUUUCUUCUGCCCUCAAUGGCCUUCACGCAGGCCAGAUCCGAGAUGCUCUAGACACCGUUCUGGAGAAGAUGCAAUACCUCCACACCGACGCGAGCCUCCGAGGCACCGCAGCCAUGUUCGCAGCCAUCCAGCCCAUCCUCAUCCAAUAUACAGCCUCUCACCAGUACCUCGUUGACCGCUUUGACGCCCUCCACGCAUCGACAACCAAGCUGAUGUACCGCCUUAUUAAGUCAUUCAUCCAAGUCGGCACCCAAGGCUUCUGCCAACCGCCUGAGAAGUCGCCCGACCAGCAAAAGGGCAAAGACGAGAAGUUGGAAGAAGGCACCGGUCUUGGCGAAGGCGAAGGCGCAGAAGAUAUCUCCAAGGAUAUCGAAGACGACGAGGAUCUCGAAGACUUGGCGCAAGAGAAGGGUGAGCGCGAGGGCAGCAUCGAAGAGCAAGAUGAUGCUGUCGACAUGGGCGAGGACGAUAUGGAAGGUCAGACUGAGGAGAUGGGCGAAAAGGAAGACAAGGGCGAUGACGAGGGUGAAGAGGGCAACGAUGACGUGCAGAGCGAGGUUGGAAGUGUCGACGAUCUGGGCCCGAGCGCGGUCGAUGAAAAGAUGUGGGACGAUGGUGGUAAAGACGACGAUGCGAAGGACAAAGAAGGGAAGCAGGAUGUAGGCACUGAGGAUCAGGAGGAGCAGGCCGCUGCAGAACAGAAGGAGAAGGAGAAAGAGCAAGCUGGUGAAGAUGGUAAAGAAGGAGACAAGAAAGAUGGCGAAGAAGGUGAGGAAGAUGAAGAGAUGGAGGGUGAAGAUCAGGAGGAAAAUGUUGGCGCGGGCGAGACCGAGCAAAUGGAUCCGCAUGCGAAGGAAGAAGAGACUCUUGAUCUUCCAGAGGACCUCAACAUGGACGGGCAAGAAGACGAUGGUAAACAAGAUGAUAAUCUCGGCGAUAUGGACAUGGGCGACGAUCUUCCCGAAAACGAGAUCGAUCCAGACAUGGGACCUGACGCAGAGCCAGAUACCGUCGACGAGGAGAUUGGACCUGAGCAGGAAGGCGAAGAGGAGAAAGACACGACUGGACACGUCUCGGAUGAAGAGCAAGCUGCUGGAGAUGAAGAGCAGGAAGGCGACGAGCCGAUGGACGACGACGCUGUUCCUCUGCCAGACGAGAACAUGGCUGAUGAUGAGCCGCGCGAGCAGAAAGAUACCGACCAGACUGACCCGAACGCUGAAGCUGGAGCUGGCACAGAAGCCAACGAGGAAGCACAUCAGAACAAGAACGAGCAAGCUUCCGCGAGCGCCGCGAAUCGUGACGAAGGUGAACAAGGUGACGGCUCCGACCAAAAACAGGACACAGCUGCGGAGGAUGGUACGCUAGGCCAAACUGCCGCGCCCGAUGCCGGUGGUCGUGGUGAAGAGCCAGAAGAAUCAAAGGAGAUACAGUCUUUCAAGAAGCUCGGCGAUGUGCUGGAGAAGUGGUACAACCAGCAAAAGCAGAUCACCGAGGCGCGGGAGAAGGAUGAGACUCAAGUCCAGCAGAUCGACAAAGAGAUCAACAUGGCCGAUGCGGACUUCGAGCAUCUUCAGGACGAAGAGCAGCAGGCUGACACACAAGCAAUGGGUACUGCAACGGAGGAGCAAGCCAAGGCGCUCGAUCACGACAUGGCUCUGCCUAUGAAUGAAAAAGAUGAGGAGAAGAUGCCAACUCGACCAGAGGAUCACGAUCAAGACAUGACAGACCCGCAGGAUGCCAAUAUGGAUGAUGCAGACAGGAAGGCCGAGCCCGAGCAAGAAGAGCAACAACCUCAGCCCGGCGCCACAGACGGGCAACCGCAAGCCUUCAUCGGCGACCAGAAGCCGUUUUGCGCUCCAGACGACGAGGACAUGGCCGAUGCAAUGCCUCUCGAUGAAGACGUUUCCGAUGCUUUGUCUGUCGCCGAAGUUGACCAUCAACUCGAGAUCACCCAUCUCUCCUCCGCCGCUAUGGAUCCCACAACCGCGCGCUCCCUCUGGCUAGCCCACGAAUCCGCCACCCACAGCCUUUCGCAACAACUCACCGAGUCUCUCCGCCUGAUCCUCGCGCCAACCCUCGCGACCAAACUCCGCGGCGACUUCCGCACAGGAAAGCGCCUCAACCUCAAGCGCAUCAUCCCGUAUAUCGCGUCCGGCUACAAGCGCGACAAAAUCUGGCUGCGCCGCUCCCAGCCCAGCAAGCGCAGCUACCAAGUCAUGAUCGCGCUGGAUGACAGCAGGAGUAUGGCGGACAGCGGGGCGAGCAAUCUCGCGCUCAAGACACUCACGCUCGUCACGAGAUCGCUGGCUAUGCUGGAAGUGGGGGAGGUGAGCGUCGUCGGGUUCGGCGACCAAGUCAACGUCGCGCAUGAGUUCGAUAAGCCGUUUACCUCGGAAGCCGGAGUGCGGGUUUUCGAGCAGUUCGGAUUCGACGCCGCGAAAACCAAUGUCCGCGGUCUCGUCUACAGGUCACUCGAUCUGUUCGCCGAGGCUAGGCGCAAGGGGAGUUCGAGCGCGGGCGAGGAUCUGUGGCAACUUAUGCUCGUUGUGUCCGAUGGUAUCUGCGAUUCGCAUGCAGAGAUCCAGCGGCUUGUGAGAAAGGCGCAGGAGGAGCGUGUAAUGAUUGUGUUCAUUAUCAUCGAUGCGACGGCUUCCGCGCCUUUCGCUGCGCACGUGCCGAAGGCGAGCGAGGAACCGGGCGCGCAGCCCGGAGCACCGAGGAAAGAGGUCGACAAGACGAGUAUUCUGGAUCUGCAGUCGGUAGAGAUUACGCCCGAGGGCAAGGUGGUCAGGUGGAAGUACAUGGAGCGCUUUCCGUUCAGGUUUUACUUGGUGGUGCGCGAUGUCAGGGAAUUGCCGGGUGUGUUGGCUGGUGCGCUGAGGCAAUGGUUUGGGGAGGUCGCUGGGAGUGCAUCGUAGGUGUUUGCAUCUGGGGAGUUCUUGGGCAUUGUAGGGCGUUGAGGUAAAAAGUCAUUGGUAUGUUUGCGCAAUCAGUAUUGGGUUUACACAGGCCUAGCUAGCAGGGUGCGUGACCGCGGAUACCCAAAGCGGCUGCACGCUGCACGGUGCCUGGUCAGUUGAGCAAAUGGCGUGCACGCUAACACUCGCGGCCGCCCGCACGAGUAAGCACGACCCGCACCCAUGGUAUUGGAACGCCCUGUGCUCGUGUGACACGUUCUGCAGAUUAAAUAUGCAAUUGGCUUAAAC